CCGGCGGGAUCCUGCAACGCGGUCGCAGCAGUAACGAUAGUGCCGGCGGGCUUGGGCGGCGGCGGAGGCGCGCGCUCCCCCAGGCGGACCGUACCACCCCCGCCAACACGCGGGGGGAGCCUCCCGCCCCGCCGCACACGCCUCGGCGACCCCGCGGAGCUGAGGCUAAGCCGCGCCCGGGAUCGUGAGCGAGUAGCCGGCCUCGACCCCGAGCUCUGAGCGCCGCUGGCAGCGUCCGCCGCCGGCCCCACCCAUCCGGACCGCGGAGGCCGCGACCAUGGCCGAGACGGAAGAGCGGAGCCUGGACAACUUCUUCGCCAAGAGAGACAAGAAGAAGAAGAAGGAGCGGAGCAGCCGGGCGGCGAGCGCCGCGAGCGCCACGGGCGCGGCGGGCGGCGCCGGCGGGUGCAGCGGAGCCGCGGGCGCGGCGGGCGGCGGGGCGGGCACGGGGACACGGCCGGGCGACGGCGGAACCUCCGGCGCGGCCACGGGCCCCGGGGCCGCCACCAAGGCCGUGACUAAGGAUGAAGAUGAGUGGAAAGAAUUUGAGCAAAAAGAGGUUGAUUACAGCGGCCUCAGAGUUCAGGCAAUGCAAAUAAGUGAAAAGGAAGAAGAUGAGAAUGAAAAGAGAGAAGACCCGGGUGAUAAUUGGGAAGAAGGUGGAGGUGGUGGCGGUUGUAUAGAAAAAUCUUCAGGUCCCUGGAAUAAAACAGCUCCAGUACAAGCACCUCCCGCUCCAAUAAUUGUUACAGAAACACCAGAACCGGCGAUGACUAGCGGUGUGUAUAGGCCUCCUGGGGCCAGGUUAACCACAACAAGGAAAACACCCCAAGGACCACCAGAAAUAUACAGCGAUACACAGUUCCCAUCCCUGCAGUCCACUGCCAAGCAUGUAGAAAGCCGGAAGGAUAAAGAAAUGGAGAAGAGCUUUGAAGUAGUAAGACACAAAACUAGAGGUAGGGAUGAGGUUUCAAAAAACCAGGCCCUUAAACUUCAGCUAGACAACCAGUAUGCUGUGCUUGAAAAUCAGAAAAGCCACACACAGUACAAUUAAGGACUGGUCUUUGCUAACCCUUCUAAGGUAACUAGACAACAGCUAACCACCAAGAACAGCCAUUCAUCAUCUGAUCUCUGCUGGAUCUACAAUUGAUGCAGACCACUUGGUAUAAGUGACCAGCCCUGUUGCACUGUGGAAGUUUAUAAAGUGUCAAAACUGCUCAUUUUGUUUAUUGCAUUUAGGGGGGUUUUCAUUGUUACAUACACACAUGAACUGUAUUCACCAGUGUUCUUUCAUAAUUACUCUACAAAAACAAAACCUGCAGCCAGUGGUCAUUUCAAAAUCUUUUUAUGUUCAGAUACUGAGCCUUCGUAAGGGUUGACUACCUCAGAUUUGCUGCACUCAUUGUGGACUUCAUGUGGAUCACAACUUCUGGAUAAGAAGGUUACAGCUAUUAAGUGUCGAUGUGAAACUUGAAACCAGCUCUACUGGAUUCCUAUGAGAAAUCCUGCAGAAAGUCAGCCACCUGGGUUCUGAUCUGCUGGAAAAGAUGAAGAUUUAAGUGACCUUAAUUAACCUGUCCUGUGUCCCACCCUUAAGGAAUACUUUGUAGUGUUCUGUGGCUCUGUUAGACUUCCUGGAACAUGCCGCUCUGAAAGGACUAGUGUGUUCAGAUAGUUCAGAUAAUCUGUGUAGGGCUGUGAUUUAUAAUUUAAACUUUUGAGUUGUAUUCUGAGGUAACCACAAAUUAAAUUCAACCAAACUUGGGUCCACCAAGUGGGAAAUGGGAUGGGGGAGGGAAUAAUCUUAUUUCUUACAGUAAUUUUUUUUAUUUGGGUAGUGCUUUUUCUGUGUUCCACAUUAAGGUGUUUUUUUGCUUUCACUUGGAAUAAGUUCUUGGACAGUGCAUAUUGCUUAAGUGAGUAACCUGAAUAUGCGUUAGAAUUGUGAAAUGUGUCGUGAAUUUGCCAAUCCCUUGAACGGAACCAAAUAGCCUUUGAUAUAAAGGGCAGUGGAUGCAGGGGGCUCUACUUCAGGUGCUGCUAAAGCCUCCUCUGAUCAGGUCUAAAUUGUAAGGUAAACUGCAGUGGAAAGAGUGGCUUCUGCUCAGGCUAAGGGAUUCGCUGACUUAUCCUUAAUACAUUCAAAGCAAUGGGAGCAGAACCUCAGCCUGAAACCCACUGGUCUCAUAGGUCUUGCAUGAUCUUUGACAAGAUUUCCGGAUAGACUUGUGCCCAAAUUUUUAAGUUAUUGGAUAUUCUGUAGAUGCAGUGAUUGUUCCAGCUUAGCUCCAUUAUCAACCUUCUGGUGUGGUUUUUUUUUGUUGUUCAUUUGGAGAGUCAGGGGUGAAAGACAGGUGAUGUAGCACUUCUCUUUUUAACAAUUACAGCUUAACUAUCCAGCAAAUUUUCAAGUCAGUAAAAGGAACUUCAGGAAGCUACCCAGGAUUACCAAAAAGUCUUUCCAUCUAAUGAGGUAGUCUGGUAAUUUCCUAGUUUUGUAUCUUUGGUUCAAUAGAAAUAUUUCAAAGUGGUAUGUGACCACUUGAUGCAGAGUCUGGGUUUCUCUAUAAUAAAUCCCUUUGCCAAAUGCAGGAGUUGCAGACUUGCUACUGGCAAGAGUGAAGCAAAUGGAUGAGUAAAACUAUCCUAUGUGGGAGCAUUUUCCUGUAGGAGCUCAGUCUUGAAAGUGUCACUGCAGUCGCUGGACUCCUGGGAGGGUUACAGGAUCUCCUGACAGAACCUGCCAGCUAUAGUGGGCAAUAAUGUUGCAUUCUUUGGAGUGGUGGGCAGAUGUCUGCCUUCUGGUGUAUUUGGGUGAGUGGCUGAGCCAGCCAAGGAGAGGUUGGAUGAUUAAGUGAGAAACAAUUCUUGGUUAAACUGAAGACUUCAUUUGGGAACCAAAAAUAUUGACACAUAAUCUCUUGGACCUUGAGUCACGUAUUUCCCCUGAAAUACAUGUUUUUUUUUUCCAGUAAGAUUUUGUUGGUUAUGUUAUUGAGGAAAAAACUAGGGUGAAUAUGUGAAACUGUUACUUAAUAGCAUUUGUACUAGAAAUCUGAAGACCUGCAGGAGGUUUAAAAUUCCAACUCUUGUUUGAAGUUUUUAAAAGAUAUUGAAAUUAUCAAAAAUGCACAUGAAUCAAGUUUUAAUAUACAGUAUGAUGGGUGGAUAAGGCUGUCCAUUGUACCAUUUCUUUCUUUGAAUUCUCAGGCAUGGUUUGGCAGUGCAAGAACUCUGUAACAUUAACAAAUUAAAUAAAAAGUAAAUAUAUGGA